GAGAGAGAGAGAGAGGCCUAAAGUCACGACUACUUAAGCUAAAUGUCAAGCAAUCAAUUGAUUCAAUUAGUUUUUUCGUUGUCGACGACAAUAAUACUAAAAAAAUGUCUCGACUAAUAGCACCGAUACUUGUAGUAUAUCUGGCCGUUUGCAGCGGUUGGCUACGGGCCGCGGACAAGCCAUGCAACAGCUUUCCGUCGGGUAUCCAGCAAUUGGUCAGAGGUAUUGACGUAUCCAAACUGGAUAUGUUUCCCACCGAUUUGGCCCAAACGGGUGGCUUUCAGAGAAGUGUCGUAUCGUUGACCUGCAAUGAAGGCAAGAAGUGGACACAUCCGUACGACAAGAGCAUUGUCUUUGACAUUCCCGAUCAGGUCAGCGCCGUCAAUACGAUUCCAGGCGGUGUGGUCAACACCAAAACGGCUUUCAUCGAGUCUACCGAAGAUUUUAAGCAAACAUCUGCCGUAGAUGUGGGUCUAGAUAUCAAUACCAUACAAUACGGCGCCUACUCGUUGAGCUCCGGCUACAAGAAAGCACAGGAAAACCUAAUCAAUAGCACAAAGUCUAUGCUUGAGGUAUCGGCUUAUGUAUCGGCCAUACGUGUAGAUUUGCAUCCAUACUAUGAGCUGAAACCUGACAAAGACUUCAGUGACUUUGUUGACCAUAUAUUGCCGGCCACUUAUGCCGAAGAUCCUCUAAAGUACAUUGAGUUUGUCGACACAUUCGGUACCCAUUACUUCGAUAGCGGCAUAUUUGGCGGUUUUGUUCAACAGUCCAUUGAAUUGCAGUCCAAUUUACAUCUGAAAAUGUCUGAAAAAGACUUGAAAGUCAACGCCGAAGCGUCGUUCCUGUCUGUUGUCAAACUCAAGGGCGGCUACACUAAGGACGUCCAGAAUGUGAGUCGUCAGUUUGCACAGAGCGCCGAAGUUAUGACUGCUUUCUACGGCGGCAAAGCCAAUCUGAUGCGCGAAGGAAACAAUUGGCCAGAAUGGUGGGACAGCGUUCCACGGGAUCCGUGGCUUUUUGGCGGUUCGCUCAAACCGAUCACCAAUCUGGUCAGCGGACCGAAGAAGACACAGGUGACCGAAGCGGUUCGCGUCAAACUCGACAAAGCACUGCUCGAAGAUCUGAGAGGAUCCUUGACUUUGUUUCACAAGUAUACGGCAGUUCCCGUAACCGAAGAGCUGACCGCAUUGGAUGCCGUUAUUGGCCGCCAGUCGCCGGUUCACACAGAUGUCAAAAAUAUUAAACAAGCUGUCGCUGAUUUCUUGACCCGCGAAACGGCCAAACUUAACAAACAGUAUCUGAAAACAUUGGAAGAUCGGAUCCAAUCACUUCAAGACAUCGAACUCUUCUGUAAACGAAUAGUGGCCGACAAGUGUAUGUCCGACCAUUUGCGUGAUGUCGACGAAACUAUUGCUGCCGCCAAAGCCUUGUGGAACCGAGCGGAUCAGCUCAAGGCACAGGAAGUACCUGACAAAGACCAGUUUAUAGAGUUGUCCCGUUCGGUCGAGUCGUUUAUCGAGACCCAGAAGCACAGCCACAUCGGCGAGUGUAAGGAAAAGGUGUUUUGCAAUCUCUGCAAAAUUACCGAAGCGCUGACCAUUCAUAAAGCAAAAUGUGAUUCCACUGAAGUCAAAGAAAUACUCGAUAUUCAUGUCUAGAAAGAGAGAGAGAGAGAGAGAGAGAGAGAGAGAGAGAGGAUGUACUUUAUAUGUCAAUUGAUUUUCAUUCAAAACAACUAUAAAAACAAAAUUAAUAUAUAAAUUAAUUAAU